AAAAGCCGCCGCGGUUUGCUUCGGUUUCGGAUUAUUUUUCGUUAAAUUUCAUCUUUGUUUCUUUGCUAAUCCAAUAAACUUUCAAAAUGUCGAAGGCUCACCCUCCAGAAUUGAAAAAGUUCAUGGACAAGAAGUUGUCCAUAAAGCUGAAUGCAGGGCGUGCAGUCAUCGGAGUGCUUCGAGGUUUCGAUCCGUUCAUGAAUCUGGUAUUGGACGAGUCCGUGGAGGAGUGCAAAGACGGUCAGCGCAACAACAUCGGGAUGGUGGUUAUCCGAGGAAAUAGCAUAAUCAUGCUGGAGUCACUAGAUAGAAUAUAGGAUUUAGAUUUAAGAUUUAAUUUGUAAGAUUAGUUUAUAAGCGAAUGAACUUUUGCAAUUGCAUAUUUUCAGUCCGCUGGUGUCAUUCCUUUACAACAUCCAAAUUACAAUAAAUUAAAUAAGACAGUUUA